AUGAAAAAUGUGGCGCGGCUGUGUGUGUGGCUUCUCAUUUUAGCCAAUUGGAAUACCCUUCGCUCCAGGAGAGUUUGCGAGCGAGGAGCAAGGGGAAAUUACAGCCGAGCUGCAAUCUUGUCCAGCGGCCACCUCAACGACCACCUCAACGACCACCACAAUGAUCACCACAAUGAUCAUCUCAAUGACCACCACAAUGGCCACCUCAAUGGCCACCACAGAGGAAGGAAGACAAACGACAGGAAUCUCCUCUUCCUCAAAAAUAAGUUAAAAGAAAUUUGGAGCAAAUUUACCACCAAGGGAAGCCACUAUUUCAAUGAGCCAUCCAAGGAGGAGCAAAAAAGUUUCAAUUUAAAAAACGUUUUCCAAAGCUUUAGUCAGAGAAGUGAGAACGAUAUCAUCAGCAGAGUGGUGGUUAGAGGGAGUACGGUGAUUAGUCCCACCCUGCUUGAUAAUUUACUUAGCAGAGAAAACAUCAAGACCAUUCGGCACAAAGACAUUGAGGGGGUUGUUAAAAUUGUUUCGAACUUUUACACAAAAUCCAAUUACCUCUUCUCGCGUGUCCUUCGGCACGAAGUCGUCAAAGAUGGGAACCAGGAUAUUUUGAUCAUCUAUGUGGAGGAAUUCAUUCUGGGCCCAGGAUGCGUCCAGAUCAGGGUGUUCCGGCGAGGGAGACCACCCACCACGGAAACAGGGAAGAAAACCGAAACAGAAAUGGCCAAAGGGACGACCACUCUGGGGAGUACUCCAACGAUAGAUGCGGAGACAACUACAGGGACUACUCCAAAAACCGAUGCGGGGACGACUCCAUCCGCUCCUCCAGCAGAUGCUAACCCCCAGGAGGAAGUUAUCUUCGAGCGCAAGGGUUCCGCCAGCGGCGUGAACGCCGCCGCGCCGAGCCCCGAUGAUUUGCAGAAACCCGAAGCACCGUCGAACAAGCUGCGCAAAUUGUUCGAAAAGAAAAUGAAAAUAAAGGAGGGUAGCAUCUUCAUGUGGGACCAAGACACAUUCGAUAUGUUGCUAAAAUCGAACCUAUUCAAUUAUAUCCAUGUGAAGUUGCUUCACGACAAGCUGGAAAAUAAACACCUACUACAAAUAGACAUAGUGGAAAAUAGAAAAUUUUCAUUUAUCCCCUCCAUAUCAAAGAGCUUUAACUCCUUAUUGGACUUAUGCAUGAACGUUACUCUUGGCUACCUGCACAGCGUUAACUAUGGGGAUAAAUUCAGGCUUAAGUUUUUUAAAAAUCUCAGUUACAGAAACCAUAAACAUGACUACGAUAUUGUCUACGUGAAUGACAUUGUGGAGUUGGAGAAGCUACGCAGGAACUUACCGGCGUAUUUCAUUUUCGGCGUCAACGUCAAUGGGGCUUUCAAGAAAGAGCAAGACAACUCAGCUCUGAAUGAGUGCGUAAAUAUUAUGAACAGGCAAGGUGAAAAUGAGGAAAAAAAAGAGAGCGAAAAUGGGGAGGAAAAUCUUAACAGUUCAGGGGAGCAACAUACUGGGCAGCAUGACGUGCUCCCGCGAGGCUCCCCCCCGCAACGGAAGAACAUUUACAGCUAUCUGCACAGGGAGAAGGUCUUUCUUUUUGGUAUCAGGAAAAUCUGGAAUACCAUUUUUGAAAUAAAAUUGAAAGCGAAGAAGGAGCUCUUCCACAACCUUCUCUACUUUUUAGGAAAGAGAAAAGGCCAUUCGGCGGGAGGUGUCAACUCGGGAAGGAUAUUUCCCCUCCACUUCCUUUCCUUUAGGAGGAACUUAGACGAUAACCAAGUCCUAUCAAAACAACUGUAUAAUAUUUACGGGUCUAAGUUAAAACUGUCCAGUUGCUUAAACGCCUAUUCCUCCAGCUGGUUCGAAAACUCCAAAUGUAUGAAGGCUUUUUUCAACGUGAAAAAUAAAGUGGACUUGGUUUUCUACUUCAACAUGGAUAGGAAGUUUCGGCGGAUGGAGGAAAAUACACAUGAAGGGGAAACGGGUGGGAAUGAGGCAGAUGUGAAGUCCAUGAUAUUGUCCUUUCUUGAAGACGCCAACAAGAGGGGAGGCUUCUUCUGGAUGGACAAAAUAAGAAACGUGUACUUAAACUAUACCUUUUACUUUCAGAAGAAUUACAAAGUCAAUAUAUUUGACUUGUUCUGUAAGCUCAAACGGGUGUUUACCUACCGGGGAGGGAAAGCCACUGAAGUGACGAGACAUGCCGCCAAUGGGAAAGAACCCCCCCUAGUCCUGUUCCCCCUCCUGUACAAGUGUAAAAUAAUUAUGAACCAAGUACACCUUUUAGUAAAUGUGGCUUUCUUUUUCAAAAAGACUUUAUGGGAUUUACGCCAGGGUUAUAACCUCCCCUCCAUUUGCGGGUUGGUAGGGGGAAAGACGAAUGGGAAGGGUAUAUGGUCGUACUACUACCACCAAGUGAAAGAGCUCUUCCUCGAAAAUACACAAAGAACUAGGAAGAAGGGCGAACCCAAUUUUGAAGAAGAAUUAGAGCGGAUCACCCUCCCGAGAGGCCACACAUCAUCAACGGAGAGUAGCCCCCCCAACAGCACGACCUAUAACAUAUGCAGUGUUAACCUGAACGACGCACAGAAGGAACAACAGAAUAAGAUUAAACUUACAAUGAAUUACAAGCUGAUAUUUCCCGUACUAUUUGAAAAUUACUUUCUUAACAUGAUGGACUUGAAGCUUUAUCUCUUCCUCAACUGCAGCCUCUUCGGCUCCGAGGGUAGUACUAGUCACGGGGAAGAGUCAGCCAUAUCCCCUAUCGCCAUGAACGAGGACAGCCGAAAGAGCGCCUUAUACAACUAUCUUAAAUUGUCCUUUCUCAGGAACAAGAGGAAGAUACACCAUUCGGCAUUUGGCUUAGGGCUUCUUCUUUCAAACAUGAACAUUUUUUUAAACUUCCAAUGUGGGCGGCGCUCCAUGUUGCCUUCCCUCGUUUUGCAGCUCGACCAAGUGACUUCCCGAUUCAAAUACCUCUCGUGA